AUGUGCGGGUUGGAAGGUUUAUACCAGUAUUCCAGUCCCCUCACAACGAUAAAUGAGGCGAGUCUCGGCGGCUACCGGUUGGGGGGACCGUCGAAAUUGCGCCACAGACACACAGACAGAACACGCAAUCAAUUACGAUUAUGGUCUGGAAGGCAGGAAAGCUUCGAGAAAAAAAAAUGGUCUGGAUCUAUUGGAAGAUAUCCAAGAGGGUUUCCGAUUUCGUUAACCUGUGCCAGGUGAGGUUCUUGAUUAUCCAAAUUGGAUUUUGAGGCUUACAAAAACUCGGAAAAUUCGAUAUUGGAAUUUCAUUCGAAAAUUUGCCCGACGGUCGGACUUUCCAAAUAGAGAUGGCCUAGUUUUACAAAUUUUCGUUUUGAAAAAGUUUAUGUAUUUUGUAGAUAAAUAGCUUUUUCAAGCGAUGAAUAUAGUCAUUUCGAAUAACUAAAGGAUUUUUGAAUGAAGUGGCCUAACUUCACAAAUACACCGGUGCCCUUGUUUUCCAAACCUAGAAAUGUCUCUUUUUGAGCUAUCCCUGUAGUUAUUAGUGAAUUUUACGAAAAAUCGAACCCUAUUGAAUUUUUCGAACGGUGUAACUUUCCAAAUCAGAAGUCGAAUUCAGCGGCCAAUCUUCCCGGAUUAAAUUAGAACUUUAAGAAAACUGUGAUGAAUCAAACGUGCAGCUUAUAGUUUGACAAUUCGGCAUCCCAGACGGCCUAAAAACCCAAACGACGCCCUCAUCCAGACCAAACUAUGAUUAUGAUUUCGAAGUCCGCAAAUCACAAAAAAAAAGCUUCUUGUUCCCAUCGAGACCCGUUUCUGGACCACCAAUGAUCCUCCCACACAAAUCGUUACGAGACCAUUAAAACAAUGGUUGAAAGCCAAAAAGCUGGUUUUUUCUCUAUUAUUUUGCGUCCUGUGGUGGUAUGGUGGUCCGAUGGACUUGAUAGGAAUUUUUUUGAAUAUUGACUAAUUUUUAAGUGCGAUGCUAAUCAAUAAUCUCAAAACACUGCAAAAUUUGUGAAGUUUUGCCAAAAAGAGAUCAUUCGGAAAACUAGGCCAUUGAGGUGUGUUUGAUUGGGAAGUUAGGCCGCCUAGAAGGAAACAAAAAUCUGAAAUUGCUCUGUUUUCGAGAAUUUCCGUAAUUAGGGAAUAAGGCUGGGAUGAAAAAUUGUGAAAUUAGGCCGCCAUAUGCAGCUAUUUGUAAAAUUCGACCAUCUCGCAAAAUCCGUCGUUUUUCGAAGAUAAAUGUGGCAUCUGAAGAACUAGGACAAUCAGAAGGAUAGGCCGUCUCUUUUUUUUAAAUUCCGCAAUACUUUCAAAUAUUAGGAAAGUUAGACCACAACCGGGAAGCUUUAUUUGGGAAGUUAGGCCGUCAUUAAAGCAACUUCUUGGGAGUUCUGGACUUUUAGAAGAUUCUUUUUAUACUGGAAAAACUUGAUUUUUUUCAGUGAAGUUUACAAAAAAACCCUUCAAUUUCUGAAAAGACUUUAAAGUGACUCUCUCCUACUGUAGAAACUUGGGAAGUCAGGCCUCGGGAAAGGCAAAAAAGAAGGUUUUGGACAAAACUGGUAAGGUAGUACGAAUGGAAACGGCCGUGAAAUCGGACAGAAGAAGAAGGAAAAGAAGGGGGCGGCGAAAGAAUGCAGACGAGGUGGCGGUUGUAAAAAACUUACAAAAAAAAAUAGGCGUCUCGACGUCCUUUCGUCCCAACAAUUCGAAGGUGGACCAUCUGAAAAAUUGGCUAGUUGAUCAGUUUUUUUGGGGUUUACAAAACUUAGAACGGUUUUUGAAAAAGCGAGCAACGGAACCAACUUUUUUGGAGGGGUCAAAAAAAUAUUCGGAAAAAAAGCACUGAAAAAAAGCUUGUUCGCAAAAUAAGAACCCAGAAAAGAAUAGCAGACAAGAUGAACAGUAUGAAAGCGCGGCCGAAAAAAAUCCUAAAAAAAGCUCUUCAAAAUUAGAAAAAAAUCAAGAUUUUUGACAGUGAUUGAUUUUAAUUUGAUCUUCAUUUGGAAAUUUAUGCCUUAAUUUUUUUGAUAACGGCUAAAAAAAAGACUAUAAAGAAAAAAAUCCAGGCCUCCAGUAUAAUAUUGAACUUUACACUAGCGCUAAAAAAUCAACUUAUUUUCAUGGACUGAGAUUACAAAUCGAAAAAUUGGAAAACCCGGUCGCGUGUUGGCAAUUUUAUCUGGAAUUUUUGAGUUCCAAAGUCAUCAGUCGAACGUCAAAAACCUUAGAGACAGAUAAAAGACCAAAAUCUCAGAAAUUUGGGCAAAAUUGAAAAAAAUCGACCUCCAUGGACUGGAAAACCAAAUCACUAUCUGAAGAUUUGUGAAACCCGACCACGGUCUUGUUCACUCCUUUUAACCGGGAAUUUCAAGCCAGAAAAUCAAAAAAACUCCAAAAAAUCAAAAAUGAAGUAAUUUUAAAAAAUCAAGUUUGUCGCAGCUUCCAAUAGACUUUUCAGCUUUUCACCUUCUAAAAUCCAAAAAUAUCUCAGCCAGGACCUCUUGAACUUGUGAACUGCCAGGUCGCGUGGCCCGACAUCUGGAGAGUGCGGACAGAUGCCGACAGACGCGUCGCGCAACACGAAACAGCCUCCGUUUGCGCAAUAUCGACGCCGCUGUGCCGUCGCCGAACACACGACGAACAAAGACGGGCCGGGGGUUGUGGCAGGCCAACGAGUGAAUGGACUCGAAUGA